UAUCUGAAUUUUUAGCGAGAAGUAAUUUCAAUCCACAUUGGCCAGGGUGGCGUGCAAAUGGGUAACGCCUGCUGGGAACUCUACUGUCUCGAGCACGGUAUCCAACCCGAUGGUAUAUGUCCAUCUCCAGAAUCAAGCGAGGGUGUCCAGACAUUUUUCAAUGAAACCGAAACCGGUCAUUUUAUACCACGUGCUGUUCUAAUCGAUCUCGAACCGACGGUAAUCGAUGAAGUACGAACCGGUACUUACCGACGACUUUUUCAUCCCGACCAAAUGAUAACUGGUAAAGAAGAUGCCGCCAAUAACUACGCCCGUGGUCACUACAGUCUUGGGCACGAGAUAAUAGACCAAGUGAUGGACAAACUUCGACGAGUGGUCGAUAAGUGCGAGGGCUUGCAAGGUUUCUUAAUAUUCCACGCCUUCGGUGGUGGAACGGGCUCCGGGUUCACAUCCCUUCUAAUGGAACGGCUUUCUCAAGACUAUUCGAAAAAAUCGAAACUAGAAUUUGCUAUUUAUCCAUCACCCCAUGUAUCAACGGCCGUAGUCGAGCCCUACAACGCCAUCUUGACCACCCACACAACACUAGAGCACUCGGACUGCGCAUUCCUAGUCGACAAUGAAGCAAUUUACGACCUCUGCCGUCGAAAUCUUACGAUAGAUCGUCCAACUUACACAAAUCUUAACCGGAUAAUUGGACAAAUAGUAUCGUCAAUUACAGCUUCUCUACGAUUUGAUGGCGCCCUGAAUGUUGACUUGACCGAAUUCCAGACAAACCUUGUUCCUUAUCCACGGAUCCAUUUCCCUCUGGCCACUUAUGCCCCUAUUAUUUCAUGUGAGAAAGCUUACCAUGAACAUUUUACCGUAAUGGAGCUAACGGCAACUUGCUUUGAACCCGGGAACCAAAUGGUUAAAUGCGACCCACGUAAAGGAAAAUACAUGGCCUGUUGCUUGCUUUACCGGGGGGAUGUUGUCCCAAAGGAUGUCAAUGCUAGCAUUGCUACCAUGAAGACCAAGCGGGCAGUGCAAUUCGUCGAUUGGUGUCCCACUGGGUUUAAGGUUGGAAUCAAUUACCAGCCGCCGACAGUUGUUCCGGGGGGUGAUUUGGCUAAAGUCCAAAGAGCCGUUGCAAUGCUGGCCAAUACGACAGCAAUUGUUGAACCCUGGAUGAGGUUGAAUAUGAAGUUCGAUUUGCUGUACAGUCGCAGAGCUUUUGUUCAUUGGUUUACCACAGAAAAAAUGGAAGAAAGUGAAUUCAACGAAGCAAGAGAUGAUUUAGCAGCGUUAGAAAAAGAUUACCGUGAAGUUGGAAUGAAUUUCAAUGAAAACAAUGACGAAGAUGAAAUGUAA